UUUGAUUGACGUUGAUGUGACCUUUUUUGAAAACUUUAAAUCUGAACUAAAAGGCAGGAGAAAAUCUUCAAAAUGAAUAUCCCGGGCUCACCAACAGUUGUGUGGGCUCUCUAAGAUCCUAAGAGCUAUCUCACCGAGGCUUUGCAAAUCUGGUAGAAAAUGGAUUGGAUCGGAAGUAGUGAUUGCUGGACAUAACUAUUAUUAUCAAUGUAAUGUAAUGCCCAAUAGAAGGUGUCAUGUAGGCGCUGCCCUAUAUUUGAAUACGUAAAAUGCCAAACAAAAUCAAGAACACUCUAAGAAUUUCAGUCAGCAAUAAUUAAUAUAUCAAUAUCUAUAAAAUACUCAAUUAAAUUGAUAUUUUACCUGUUGACAUCAGGGUUUUUUGUCCAGGGGAACGGCUGGCUUACAGCACAAUCGGCUGCGAAACAGCUUCAAGGCAAAUAGAAACAAAGCUGGAGGAGUGUGAAUGGUGGUUUUUCGCAAUGCCUUAAUGCAGAGAUUGAACAAACCUCUUCAGGACAUGAAUUAGUGCACGUGGUCCGAUGGUAUACAAAAAAGAAAUUACCGCUGGAGGUUAAAAUCCCAUUAGAAAACGGACGGGGUAGCACCCAAACCAAAACAACUGAGCGUUAGGUACAAAAUAAAAGGGUACCACUCCAUAAUCUGGUGUUUGGGGCGUAAUAUCCUAGAAUCUGGAAGUAAAACAAACGACCCACACCAUAACCUCAACAGGAAAUUAAAUGACGCAGAACACCUAACCUUUCAAAAGAAGGUUAAAUGAGUGGCCUUGAAGAAGCAAUAUUUAUGGAAGGAGGAGAUGCAGAGCAGGCUGUAGAGGAUGCAAUGGACGCCCCACAGUGGAAAUAUAUGCUGAUUUAUUACGAAUACGAAAUAGCGGCUUGUAAAAAUACCUAUAACAACAAAGGAAUGAAAACGCUAUUAGAUUACCCUGAUAAUUUCAAGUUUGACGCUAUAGUAGUGGACAUGACUCUUUCGAGCUGCAUACUACCUCUUAUAAAGAGAUUCAAAUAUCCACCGACAGUUGGCUUGACAGCAUUCUUGUUUCCGCAUUACCUUGCGUUAGACUUUGGAAAUACUAUUGAACCUGCCUACAUUCCCACAUUUGGUAUGGGGUUUGGCGAGGACAUGAGCUUUUUUGAGCGGUUGCAGAACUACUUCUAUUUGAACAUGGAUUUACUAAUUAAGAAAUAUUACGUAAGGAGGACGAUACAAGCUUUGGCCAAUGAAAGGUUUGGUGAGAGUGUGGGCAAUUUGGAUGAUAUACGAAGACACAUCUCCAUGUUACUGAUAAAUGUAGAUAUGGCAUUCCAUUAUCCCCAGCAGCUGGCGCCCAACAUCAUACCUGUUGGUGGAUUACAUGUGCAUAGAGCUGGUGAGCUACCAAAGGACCUAAAAGAAAUAAUGGACGCUGGAAAGAAAGGAGUGAUUUUGUUCUCUUUAGGAACAAACGUCAAAUCUUCCCAUCUGAAGCUAGAAAUAAAAACAGCAUUGCUUAAAGCGUUGGGUAGAUUGGAUCAGACUGUCGUUUGGAAAUUCGAAAGCAACCUAACAGGUGUUCCAGAAAAUGUCUUAAUAAGGCAGUGGUUACCACAAACUGAAAUACUAGCUCACCCUAACACAAAGCUGUUCAUAAGUCAUGGUGGUGGAUUAAGCACAAUAGAAUCUGCGUACUACGGUGUUCCAGUGCUGGGCAUUCCCUUUUUCGGUGACCAGUUCUCAAAUCUGGCAAUGAUGGAGAAUAAGGGACUGGCCAGGAUGAUCCGUUAUAAAUCACUCACUGCUGAUUUAGUGUUCAAAAAUAUAAGAGAAAUGCUGGAUAACCCUAUGAUACUGCGAUGCAGCAUAAAACAGCUGCAGCGCUGGACCACUGUCUGUUACCCGACAAAUAGCAAGUAUAGCUGCAGUUCUCGAUCCAGCUUAUCCACAUUUCACUUGACAAAUAAUGAAUUGGAUGACCCUUCGUUGAGACUGCAUGCAGCUGUUCACAGGUCAAGAUGUUUUUAACUCUUAUUACUGCAUCUUGUCUGACGUAAUGUUAUCUGUAUUUUCCGCUCAUAAUGGUAAUUACAUUUAAUAGCAAAACGUAUUUCUGUUUUUGUAUUUUAUUAUGGAAAUGCAGUCCAGAUUUUAUGUAUAAUUAAUACGAGGGGCACUAGAAGAGCAGUCUACCUAGCCAUGUAAAAAAAAACAAUUGAAACGCACAAGCAUAAUAUGUCAAAAUAGCUGCAUGUGCUUUAGCCUUACUUGCAAAAUUUGAGUUAACUUUGAUAAACAUUUUCCAAUUUUUAAAGUGAAUUGUGAGGAAAAAUGAGUAACUUAAAAUUAGUGUCGCAAAAGAGGACCCUCAGUCGAAAACAAUUUACUCUUGAGAGGAUGGUUGCCGUUUAGGAACAUUUUCCACAAAACAGUUUCCAUAAAGGCGUGAGACUAUAGAACACGAUCCCACUAGUGGAAGACCCAAAACAGGAUAAGAUUCCUUGAUGUUCUGAAAAUAACAGAAGCAUUUAGCAAUAAUGUAAAUGGCUCAAUAGUAGCCGUUGAAACUCAGUAAAAUUUCUGCGACUAUAUAUUGACGCAGACCUAUUUUUUGAGGACCAUUGUCUGCGUCUAGUCUCAAAAUUAAACUCUCAAACAUAUGCAACAAUCCGAAAUUCAAAAACAGGUCUUUCGGAAAGUCAGUCCUCCUUAUGACGUGGACUUGGAUCCGUCUAACUCUUGCCUCUUUAUAUUACUAAAGAAAGAUCUUCGGAGAUUUUUGACUCAGAUGAAGGUCUAAAAGCCGCCAUCAAUUACUUUUUCAAGAGUCAGAGGAAACAUUUUUCUAUAAAAGUUCACUGGAGGUGAAGUGGAGCAAGGCAUGGAUGUAGGAAGGAUUAUAUUGAAAGAAAUAAUUAUAAAAAAAUCGUACGUCUUUUCCUUCAUAUCUAGGUAGUCAUCUUUUCCAGUACCCCUCGUAGUUUUUAUUACCAGUGGGAUUGUCUUGAUUGGAAAACACCAAGUAAUGAUGAUGAAUGAAGCUUUUAUAAGGACAGAUAAUAUAUGAAUAAAAUUGCGUACAUUGCACAUUUAUUCUACUUAUAUCAGUAUGUGCAUUGUACUCGUACCAUUUGAAUUUAUAAUAUUCGAACUACUUUUCAGGUAUGCUAAGAAUAUGAAAGAAACGGGAAAAAGGAUGAGAGACCAACCUCAAACGCCUCUAGAACGAAGUCUAUUCUGGAUAGAGUA